AAAAUAAACAUUUUAAAUCGUUUGGUAAAUAGUGCAAAUUCUCUAAUAGAUGUAAAUACAGUCCAAUUUAAUCGCGUAUAAUUCCCGUGAAAUGAUCAAAUUGCUUAAUAUUGAGCAAAAUUUCAUACGUGCCAAAUAUGAUGCAAUUUAAAAAAUAACAAUAGCGAAAUUGCAAAACAUGACUCCAAAUUCCAAUAACUAUUUUUAGAGCCCCGAAAAAAUGUGACAAAGAUAAACCGAACGUAUCGGAACUCGUGGAUCGGGCCGCGUGCUCUACCGAGUAAUACUUUGCAAAUUAUGCCUUGCCUACGCCUAUUCAAUUCAAGCAAAAUUUAUUCUCAAAUAUUCCCGACUAGUGGACGUUUAUCAGGAAAUCGCGCGUCACAGAGGCGGGCAAUAUAAACUUGUAUAAUGCCAGCAACCUAACCACUAACCACUGCAUCAUUAAAACUAAGUGGAGUUCCUGUUUUGAGUGGAAGGCAAAUACAUUAUUAUCUGAACUACUGUAUAGAUAUACGGUAACGAUCCGAGCUUCUCCAUUAUUGAAAUAACAAUGGGAAAGUACGUUCUCGGGAUAGAUAUCGGCACGACAUCUGUGAAAGUGUGCAUCGUCAAUACAGAAACGAACGAAGUGGAGUCCCAGCAUAUUAAAGACACCCAGUCUAAUAUACCCAGUGAUACAGGACCAGGGGGUAACAAACAAAAUGUCACUAAAAUUAUUUCGGCGUUGAAUUUGUGCGUUUCGAAAAUGCCUAAACAUUUGCUACAAGAGAUUUCGAAAAUCGGUAUUUGCGGACAAAUGCACGGCGUGUUGUUCUGGAAAAACGACCCAGAGAGUAAAGCUUGGGAUAUAAUAGAGAAAGACACUUCAGUAAGGUACGAUGUCUUGCAAGAAAGGGUAUCUGCUUUGUACACCUGGCAAGACAACAGAUGUGAUCCCAGUUUUUUGUCCACUCUUCCUACACCACAGUCCCAUUUGAACGUCUCCACCGGCUUUGGGGCCGCUACUAUGUUUUGGAUGACCAAAAAUAAGCCCGGCAAAUUGCAGAAAUAUAAUUGUUCUGGGACGAUAGCAGAUUUCGCAGUGGCAAUGCUGUGUGAUCUGGAUAAACCGCUUAUGUCUUGCCAAAUGGCUGCCAGUUGGGGUUACUAUAAUUGCCGAACAUCCCAAUGGAACAAGGACGUUUUAAAGGGAGCGAAUUUCCCGGUGGAUUUAUUACCCGAUAUCAAACCUAGCGGUUCUAUAGCUGGUACUUUAGCCGGCAGCUGGCAUAGCAUACCGCAAGGAACGCCUGUAGGCGUGGGUUUAGGAGAUCUGCAAUGCUCGGUGUUAUCCACAGCAGAAACCCUCCAAGACGCCGUGUUAAAUAUCUCCACAUCGGCUCAAAUUUCGUUCGUCGUGGAAAAUUACCAAGCCACAGAAGGGCCACCCGAAGUCACUUCGCUCACUUACUGGCCGUACUUUAACAAGCAACACGUAGCAGUGGCUGCUUCGUUGAACGGUGGAAAUUCAUUGGCAACUUUCGUGAGAAUGUUACAACAGUGGGUAUUGGAUUUGGGUUUCAGCGUACCGCAAUCGAAAGUUUGGGAGAAAUUGUUAGUACUCGGAAUGGAAGAUUCAGCCGAUUCGGAUUUAAUCGUAACACCUACUUGUUUGGGCGAAAGAUACGAUCCCGAUUUAACAGCGUCCGUUUCAAACAUUACCGUCGGUAAUCUGGGGUUGGGUCAAUUGUUCAGGGCUUUAUGCAGGGGCAUGAUUGAAAAUCUACAUAGAAUGAUACCUCGAGAAGUUCUGGGAAACGUGGGAAUCAACAGGAUCGUAGGCAACGGUUCCGGUUUGUCUCGAAACAAAAUACUUCAAAAAGAAGUGCAAAACCUCUUCCAGCUACCGCUAGUGUUUACCAGCGGCGGGGACGCCGCCAAAGGGGCAGCUUUAGCUGUUCAUCUCUAUUCGAAUGCUUAAGUGCUAUGAGAAACAAGAUGAUCACUGAAAUAUUUUGUGUUUUAUGUUAUUACUUAUACAAGUUACUUUUAAAGUCAUUUAAAAGCAAUUGCUGGGUUAUAAAUUUAACUUAACAGAUUUAAUAUUUUAGCCAAAUUUUCAAAAGGCAAUUUAAAAGAAUUUGUGUAAGUAAUACUCUCUAUUUUUUAUCUUUUUUAUUCCUUGAUAAAGUAUUAUUUGUUGUUAACGAAGUCUUGCCAUUAAGUUUAUUCCUGAUAAAUGUUUAAUAUUUAUAUUUUAUAGAUUUUUGUGCAAUAAGUUAACUGUUUAAAAAUUGUUAUUCCAUGUUCUUCCAAGAUGUGCUUUUAGAGAAGAGCAUUUAUUCAUCUGUUUAAACUCAUAUUUAUACAGGGUAAUUUUAAAGCAAUAUCUAGAAAAUUCAAUCAUAGUAUACAUAUAUGCUAACUUUAGUUAGCGUAUAUCUCACAUAGUGAUGAAUUAUUAUUUAGAUAAUGAUAAAAUAAUGCAAUUAAUGAAAUUGAUGCUUAAAGUGUAUAAAUGCUUAAAAUACUACAAAUAUUGUGCGAGGCUAUUUACAUCGUAUUGACAGUAAUUAUCAAUAGUAUAGUAUUAUCAUUCACAAUACUUUCAUCUAACAAUCUGUAUGGGUAAGUGCAAAUUUGUUUACACGAGGGGAUUCUCCGCGAUUGCAAUAUGGUCACUUCUAUGAGUUGAACAAAGAAAGAUUAUUAAAAUAAUAGUGGUUAGAGUGAGAAAGUUGCAAUCACCCAAUAUUACUCUUUCUUUUUUCUUUAAAUGAGACUAACGGAAGUUUGUCUUUGUUGCACUCAUAGACCAUCAUGGAGAAAGAAAGAUGUCUUAUAUAUUUUAUCUAUGUAGACCAUAUAUUGCGUGCAAAUUUGCACUUAACUGUAUAUGUGGCCUUUAGAAUGAACUGCUGUAUUGAAAGAUUUGCCUGAUCUUUAUUAAUUAAUAGGUACAUUUAAAUUGAAGCUUGCCUUAUAUUGAAAAUAAAGCUUCUGGCUAUCUAGCUGUUUUGUUGAAAAAUAGAAAGAAUUUUUAAAUUUAAGACUUAUUAUUCGGACUCUCCAAAAUCUUAUCUUUU